CGCCGCGCGGCGACUCACACCACCCGCACUGCUGCCAGGGAGGAAGGUUAGGGACGCAGAGAGGGAAGAGCGCUUGCGGGAGAGGGACGCCUGCCUGGCUAGGGCUCUGACGAGGGCUGAGGCCAAGGCUGCUGAAGGAGGCAGGUUGUGCUUCCCAAGAGCUAAAGUGCAAAAUCGACGAGGUCGCGUCCAGUGAGUGCCCCCCUGCAGCUCACAGCCUGGGACGUCGGGAGAGCGGGGAGAGGUCUCCCGGUCUAGCCGGGAGAAAUCAGCGAAGGGCGCCCGGGAACCCAGGCACCGCCAUCCGCGAGAAAGCAACUGUCUGGAGAGCAGGCAUCCUAGACCUGUGGGAAACCAGCCGUCCAAGAAGCUGUGGCUCUCAGGCGCCCUGGAUCGUUAGAACGGCACCCGAGGGUCACAUCAGACUACAGGUUCUGAACCCUCAAGGGCUGUCCUUGGCCCAACCCACGGGGGAGGCCUCCACUCUGACCGCCGGUUUGGGGAACAGCUCCACGGUGACAGGAGGCAUCGGCCGGGGCAAGGUGGUCGGGCACAGCCGUCGGGAGAUCCGCACCGGGGCCCGAGCCCGCGGAGAGCCCCGGGCCUCCGCCGCCAUUGCGCCCAAAAGUGAGGAGGAUUUGCUGGCCCUGGCCGCGUCACGGCUGAGCCGCCGCAAGCGGGUGGCGGGCGCGGCCGUCGGGGUGGCCAUGGUGCUGCUGCUGCUGGUAGCCAUCCCGCUCCUGGUGCACAGCUCCCGCGGACCAACACACUACGAGAUGCUGGGUCGAUGUCGCAUGGUGUGCGACCCCCACGCACCCCGAGGCCAAGGCCCCGACGGCGCUCCCGCCUCGGCGCCUCCCUUCCCUCCAGGUGCCAAGGGAGAGGUGGGGCGCCGAGGGAAGGCAGGCCUGCGGGGACCCCCAGGACCCCCAGGUCCCAGAGGGCCCCCCGGAGAGCCAGGCAGGCCAGGUCCCCCAGGUCCUCCUGGCCCAGGCCCUGGAGGGGCAGCGCCCCCUGCAGGCUAUAUACCCCGAAUUGCUUUCUACGCGGGUCUCCGGCGGCCUCACGAGGGUUAUGAAGUGCUGCGCUUUGACGACGUGGUGACCAACGUGGGCAACGCUUACGAGGCAGCCAGCGGCAAGUUCACCUGUCCCAUGCCAGGCGUCUACUUCUUCGCUUACCAUGUGCUCAUGCGCGGUGGCGACGGCACCAGCAUGUGGGCCGAUUUGAUGAAGAACGGGCAGGUCCGGGCCAGCGCCAUUGCUCAGGAUGCGGAUCAGAACUACGACUAUGCCAGCAACAGCGUCAUUCUGCACCUAGAUGUGGGUGACGAGGUCUUCAUCAAGCUGGACGGUGGGAAAGUUCACGGCGGCAACACCAACAAGUACAGCACCUUCUCAGGCUUCAUCAUCUACCCAGACUGAGCCCAGCACCUUCCCGCACACUCUCAUUUGCCCGCCCCUUGGCCCCCUUGCUCCAAUCCACAUUCACCUCCAGCUAGCUCUACCCAAGGCCCCAUCCUCUGAGAGGCUGCGGACUCUCCUGCUCCCCAGGCUACCUAAAUGGGCGGGUUCUUGGGGCUCAAGGGUUUUAAGUGGCUGGGAGAGGUGGGAAGAGGAGAGCCGCUUAGGGAAGGACCACCUCAUUUGUGCUCCAAUGAAACCCUGCCGCUGAGGGACAGACGGACGGACGGAGGAGGUCACGGCCUUCCCUUCUGCCUGAAGCUGGGGAACAGUUUCACUAAUGGAGAUCAAAGACUCACAGGGCAAAGGGACGCGCCGGCAGCUUGGGAGGGAAAGGACUGACGCGGGAGCCUGUCUAGGUGAGAGGAGACUGACUGACACGGGUUAGAUACCGGACCUCAGUAGCCACUCUUUCCCUCCCCCUCCUGCAUCUCCAUUUCUCAGGCUCUAGCCUGGACAGCCUUCCCGUGAACGGGAGGACCCAACGACUUCCUUCCUAGCAUUGAAAACCCAUUUUGUACAGUCCCCGUUCCACCCCUCUCCAGGCUAGGUCCUGGAGCUACAGAUACUGUUACUUCUUCCAAUAAAGUGAGGCUGGGGA